AAAUUGGUGUACAGCUAUGCCUUUUUGCCAUUUCAUCCCGCAGAUUAUUCUGUAGAGAAAGAGAGAAUGUUUACCAUCCCCGACCGUAGAGCGUCGUACCAUGUGGCAAUCACACCCAAUCUGUCCAAGGAGAGUGUCCGGUGUAGCCUGGGUUCCUGUGAAAAACGCUACAAGUACGCCGAUUUGCGCGAUGGUGCUCUUGUCUCAUGCCCUAUGCCUGUGUUUUCUUUGUGAGCCCCAGACUGGCCAACUUGUCAGUCAGGGUAAGGACCAGGCGAACCUUGUUCAGGCGCAAGCGGAUCUGGUCACUUUCCCAAUUCUCAGUGCUCUUUAGUAAGUCAAUGUAGCAGACAUCAGGAUCUUAUGAGCAUGGACUAUACAGUGUACAUCAGGACGCAUGGCAUCAUGGCACCAUAAAGUAUCCCCUGCUCUGGGCUAUCAAGUCU